CCCGCUGGACCGGUACCAGUCUGCAGCGGUUUUCUGAGUGUAGGUAAUCGGCAACAGUCAGCACACGCAGGAAGAUGAGGCUCGGCGCUGUCAUUCCCAACUUCUCGGCCAACACCACGCAGGGGCCGAUUAAGUUCUACGAGUGGCAAGGAGACUCGUGGUGUAUACUGUUCUCACAUCCUGCAGAUUUCACCCCUGUCUGCACCACGGAGCUGGGUCGCAUUGCUGUUCAUGAUCAUGAGUUUAAGAAGCGAGGAGUCAAGGUUAUAGCUCACUCUUGCGACAAACUGAAGUCCCACAGUGACUGGGUUACAGACAUCAAAUCAUACUGCUUGGACAUUCGUGGGGACUUCCCAUACCCCAUCAUAGCAGAUGAGACUCGGGAGCUUGCAGUGAAGCUGGACAUGCUUGAUGAGGACAACAAGGACAAUGAAGCAGAAGCCAUGACUGUUCGUGCACUGUACAUCAUUGGACCAGACCACAAGCUUAGACUGUCCAUGCUGUACCCAGCCUCAACUGGCAGGAAUGUUGAUGAAAUUCUUCGAGUGAUUGAUUCUCUGCAACUCACUGACAGGCUGAAGGUCGUAGCAACUCCUGCCAACUGGACGCCUGGCACAAAGGUAAUGGUCAUACCAAGUGUGAAGGAUGAGGACCUACCAAAGUUGUUCCCUAAGGGCGUGGAUAAAGUCAGCAUGCCUUCAGGGAUCACUUAUGUCCGAACCACAACAGAUUACUGAGUCCUUUACUUGGGUCUUAUAUGUUGUGACCCAGCACCAUAUAUUGGAAGGAAUAUAUAUAUAUAAACAAAGAAUGUCACAAUGCAGCAUAAGUCAUAAGCAUAAUGUCAUACUUUUGAGUACUGAAGAAAUAUACCAUUUUAAAAUAAUGUGGAGGUAAUAUGAUUGUACUAUGUAAAAUGAACUGAAAUAAGCAAAAUUUUGUUGUUACUGCUCGUUUUAAAUUACAAGAGAUGUGAUAAUUUCUAUUGUGUUACAUAAAGCCAAAUCCUCUUCACACAACUGUAUGAAAAUACUACCUGAAUCCUCUUUUUAUAUCUAAUAUAGCAGAAUGUAGUACUGUAACAUUGUCUUCUGUCAAGCUUAAGGUAUCCAAUUUCAGUGUAUGAAAGGACUUUAAACUAACUGGCCAGACAAUUUGAGGAUAUAGUGAAUUUAAACAGCGUGGCAAGGGAUUAAAUUAUUAUUGAUAAUCAUGCUUCUUCCCAUAAGUUUAGUUCAGUAGGAGUAUAUAAGGAUGGUAAGACUGUCAGAAGUGUUAAAUUCAUAUAAGGAUUAGAACAACACAACCUGUUUGUUUAUUGACCCAUAAAUACCGGAACGUGAAGUUUUUAAUGUUAAUUAAUUCUCUCUCCCCUUCCCCCGCGGCAGAAGAAAAAUCAAGGUUACGCCGUAGUAAAAAUCACGGCACCCCAACUGCUAAUGUUGGUAUUGGUAAGAAGGGAGAGGUAAUGACGUCAUAGCGUCAUGGCAUAUAAACGACCAAUCCCGGUCGGGAUUGGCAGUGUGUAUCAGCUGAUUGCAGUGGGUGUGUUCAAGAUUUUCAAGAUAUUGGCGGCGAGGAAAAAAACAGGUACCUGAAUCAAAUGUUAAGCGGUCGGUGGAUAUGUAGAGGUGGACCAAUUGCCUGGCCUCCACAACCACCAGAUUUCUUUUUCUGGGGACACUUAAAAUCGUUGGUGUAUUCGUCUCCAGCGGAUGUUGUGGAACCUCUCUGAAAUUGAAUUCAGGCAGGUUUUCAGACAAUAUGCAACAUGCCAGGAAUUUGGGAUUGCCUUCAGGCGGCAAUGAGACGUCGAGCUAAGGCCUAUUUUCAGGCAGGAGAUGGACACAUGGAACAUUUACUAUAAGACUUCAAGGAUCUCAUGGUAGUCUUCUGGGAUGUCACACCAUGUAUUUUUGGUGUCUGUGGAAGCUGAUAGUUGCCAGGAACCCCCUGCCUCUGUCUUGAGGUUUCUCAGUUACCGGUGAACUGAACUGCAUGGCUUCAUACCUUGGAAGAUGAUAAUCUCCAGAAAGAACAUUGUUUUGUUAAAACAUUAACCAUGAGUGAAUGUUUCAAAUAAAGUUAAUAUUAAUAAUAUCCAGUGGCAGCUCAUGGCUCAAAUAGACGGUGGGGCUAAUAUGAGGCAGUGAUACAUUCUUACGUUGUUAUAUAAUAAUAAUAAUAAUGGGUAGUAGUGAUGCGAGUUGUAGUACAAACUCCUACUUUAAAACAUGUGAAAACAUUUUUGACUUAGCAGUAUUAGAAAAUUGCUCCAUUGCAAUUCAUGCCAUUAAUUAAAAUAAUGCUUUAAAAGUUACCUCAUUUAUACAGGAAUUGCGCUCGUCUAUUCAUCUGGGAAGCAAAUAAAUCAAUCACUUUUUGGUUGAAUGCCGGAACCUCUGCAA